CCUGCGCACACGUUCACCAUUACGUCAAUUCUGCGUCCGCAGCACACUGUUAAUAAUUUUCGUAUUUAAGUUAAAAUAACCCCGAAAGUGGAAAAAAUGCAGGUGCCCCCAGUUUUCAUCGACGUGAGUCCUGAAGACCAGGCGCAAGAACUCCGGGUCUACCUCAAGAGCUUAGGUGCCGAAAUUUCCGAAGAAAAAUCACUUAAAGGCAUCGAGGAUGACUUACACAAAAUCAUCGGAGUGUGUGAGGCGUGUUUCAAGGAAGGUCAAGAAGUGGAAGUCGAAAUGGUUCUUAAUGACAUAGUUUCCAUAAUGGUCCUUAUUCCAUCAGACCGUUCCGAGAACAUCAUUUUGGCCUUUUGUCAAAAAUUGAUCAAAGCGCCGGGUCAGAAAUUGGGGCUUACGUGUUUACGAGCGCUGUGGCUGCUGUUCCAGUCGUUAGACGAGCACUCACCCAUGCGCUACCACGUUUACUACCACUUGAUUCUACUAGCAGAAAAGACAGACCAAGUUAAAUCAGUAUUCCAAGAUAUAGAUCAUUUAAAACAACAGUUCGCUCUGUGCCCCCCUACGAGCGAACAACUGCAAAUUUUGUACCGGUUGUUGCAUCAGGUGCUCUUGAAGAGCAACCAGAGCGAGCAAGCGGCGAAAGUGAUGAUCGAGCUAUUGGGGACUUACACUGAUAAAAACGCGUCUCAUGCUAGAGAAGACGCCAUCAAGUGCAUAGUUUCGGCUUUAGCUGACCCAACUACGUUUCUUCUGGAUCCGUUAUUGUCACUUAAACCCGUCAAAUUCCUCGAAGGGGAGUUAAUCCACGAUUUGUUGAAUAUCUUUGUUAGUGAAAAUCUCACUGCCUAUUUGAAGUUUUAUCAAGAGCAUAAGGAGUUUGUUACGUCUCAGGGGUUAAAUCAUGAACAGAACAUGCAAAAAAUGAGGCUUUUAUCGUUCAUGCAACUGGCGGAAACCAAUCCUGAGAUCAGUUUCGAAAUAAUCGAAAGAGAAUUGCAGAUUAACCCGGAUGAAGUGGAGGCAUUUAUUAUCGAAGUUUUGAAAACUAAGUUGGUACGCGCUCGUAUGGAUCAAGCGGCUAAAAAAGUCUACGUUUCAAGCACCAUGCAUAGGACUUUCGGACGGGCGCAGUGGCAACAACUGCGCGAUUUACUCUAUUCGUGGAAACGGAACCUCAACAUGGUACAAGAAGGAAUGAAAAGUGUGACAGCAGCCCAAUUAGAAUUGUUAAACCAACAGUAAUUUUAUAAUAAUCCACGAAUAAAACAUCCAUUUUGUCACUA